AAUAACAUGAAAUACUAAUUAAAUUAUGUAUCUUGCUUAUCAUUUCAAUAGGUUAAUGGAACGAAUUAUUUUACCAUCUGUUUUACUUUUCCGUUCAGGCAAUAGUCGGUCAACUGUGAAGUACCGAAGGAGGAGCUUCCGCUGUACUAGCGCUCUCUUCAAAGGUAGGAUUGACCGUACGUAGCCUUUUUAACGGCACAAAAAAAAUGUCUCGUUUGGGGGCUUUGAACCCUUUCCUGCAGGCUCGUGGUCCUCUGAAAGCAUUGCUUCCCAGAGCAGUGAACACAGAAGUGCUGAUGAAGCCUGCUGUGUGCGGCCAUUUUAGAGCACGCCUAGCUCACACAGACAUCAAAAUCCCUGACUUCUCGAACUAUCGGCGUGCUGAAGUGUUGGAUGCUAAAAAGUCUUCUCAGGAGAGCAGCGAUGCUAGACGAGCCUUCUCUUAUCUGGUGACUGGAUCCACUGCUGUGGUGGGUGUCUAUGCUGCAAAAACAGUCGUGACCCAAUUCGUGUCCUCAAUGAGUGCCUCUGCUGAUGUCCUGGCCCUGUCCAAAAUCGAGAUCAAGUUGUCCGACAUCCCAGAGGGGAAAAACAUGACCUUCAAGUGGAGAGGCAAGCCUCUGUUUGUUCGUCACAGAACAGAGAAGGAGAUCGCAGCUGAGCAGAACGUCGAUCUGUCAGAGCUCCGGGACCCUGAGCAUGACAGAGACCGUGUAACCAACCCCACCUGGGUCAUCGUCAUUGGUGUCUGUACUCAUCUCGGCUGUGUCCCAAUUGCAAAUGCCGGUGAUUAUGGUGGGUACUACUGCCCCUGCCACGGGUCACAUUACGAUGCUUCAGGAAGAAUCAGAAAAGGACCCGCACCUCUCAACUUGGAGGUGCCUUUUUAUGAGUUUCCUGAUGAGGAUACUGUAAUUGUUGGAUAAACAAUGGACAUUUUCUCUGUAUGCUUUUAAUGUCUGGCCAAAUUGAAAUAUUAAUAAAUAUAUAUUUUAAAGCAGCCAACAUCCAUUUCUGAGGCUUUUGAUUAGGCAUGCAAAUCUUGGUUACAAAUGAACACAAGCAUUGUAUCAGACCAAAAACAAUUAAAUUAAAUAUAUUUUUUAAAUGCAUUGAUUCAACAAUAUCAUUCACAUGUUCUAUAAUGCACAAUCUUCCUAAGUGUUCUGCAAAUAUGACAUGUCAUGUCAGGAUAUUAUUGCAAAGAAUGUACAGUGCUUGAUGCAGAUGAAAGCUUGUUUCUGCCAGGGAAUAAAAAAAAAAUAUAAAGUAA